UUGAUUGAUUAUUUAUGUAGAUAUUCUACCGACUGUUCAAAAUGCGUAGUUUUGUGUUGCAUACUAUGUAAACCUCACAUCAGCUGGGGAAAAUAUUGAGUACUAUGUUUUUCAAAACUGAAACAUAAUUCACUUAAAGUGGCUCUAUUAUGGAUUUUUGAAAAUUACUUUUCAUGCAGCGUGUUAUGUAGCUGUAUGUGAAUGUAAACAGUAUGCAUAGUUGUAAAGCCGAAAGUGCAUCAUGUUUUUCAAAUAAAGAGUCGACUCUGAACCGUUUAACCGAUCGUUCCUAAUUCGAAUCCCAUUUACAGGAAGUUCACAAGUUAAGAUAUUUGCAUAAUGCCCGCCUACGUUCUGCGUGAACAUCCAGCGAAAUCUUGAACCCCUCAACACUGUAACUGGUUUGUGGCGUGUGGAUAACAAUAAUGUCGAGAAGACGCUGUGUUCUGCGCUGUGAAAAAAUUCGUAUUAUUUUCGCUUCCGAAGGAUGAGGCUGUGAAGAAUCAGUGGUUGAAGUUCAUGUUUACUAAGAUACCAGAGCAGUAUGUUCCCAACCUUUUUCUGUGCUCCCGUCAUUUCACUGACGACUGCUUCCCCGGUCUCCGCGAGUUCAAAGCGGGAUUCGUAAACCGUUUGCUCCUGAAAGAGGGGUCACUGCCCAGUUUGUUUGGACCAGCUUGCUCUUCCGAAUCACAACCUCUAACAUCUGCAACAGCUGAUCAUCUGCAUUCUGCUGCUGGUCCCAAGAAAAACACUACAAACUUUAUGAAACUCAUUGCAUUCAGGAGUGAUGAAGAUCUUGACGCUUGUGACCAGGACAGUGUGGCUAGCAGUGUGGACAGCGUAGCCGAGGAAAUGUUUAUAGACGGUCUUGACCCUGUUCUAGAUGGGCCUCCACUUGACAUUUACUCACCAGAGGAGGACUGCGAUUUAGAGGCCAGCCCACAGCAGAAAAAGAGAGCCCGUCUGUCUUCCACAUCUUCUGAAAAUGAUGGUUCAAAUGAAAAGUGGCAUAGCUCAGAUGACGCAGAUGUUGAGCCACCGCAUCUAGACUUCACACCUGUCCAAAAACCUGGCCCACAGAUUUUACCAAAUAGGUGCAGCAGUCCUCUGCAGUUUUUUCAACUGUUGUUUCCCAAAAAAAUGUGGCAGACCAUUGUAUCCCACACUAAUGGCUAUGGGGUCAAGUGCAAAGAGAAAAAGGGCAAGGUGUGGGAAUACAUUUGUCAAAGAGACUUAAAGUCGUACAUAGCACUGGUGAUUUACAUGGAUAUGUUCAAGUGCUCUUCACUGACAGACUAUUGGAGCGAGUCUGAGCACUUCAGUCUGCCCUUUCCUGCAAAAAUCAUGUCUUACCAGAAGUUUCUGUUAAUCUCCAAAGCCCUUCAUCUAAAUGAUUGCAAGGAGGAUGAGAAGAACAGCUCUAGGAGGGGAACAGCAGCCUAUGAACGGCUGGGUAAAAUUCAACCUCUGUAUCAAGUCAUUAGGGAGGCCUGCAAGACCAUUUUUCAUCCUUUUCAGAACAUCACCAUUGUUGAAAGAAUGGUCACAUCGCAGGACAGAACUGGACUCAAGCAAGGCGUGAAAAAGGAAUCUCCAAAUAUGGGGUACAAACUCUUCGCACUGACAGACUGCACCUGCGGCUAUACAUGGGACUUCUUUAUUUACGAGGGAAAGUCAUGUGCGUCGCAGAACGUGGGCCUGAGCUAUGAGUCAGUUAUGGCAUUGGUGGAUGAAAAUCUGUUGGGCUCUGGGUACAAACUGUUUGUGGACAAAUUUUACACCAGCCCCACACUCUUCAGGGACCUUCUAGGUAAAAAUAUCUAUGCUUGUGGCCCUGUUUGGCCAAACAGGACUGGUUUUCCAAAAACAACUGUGAACAGACUGUCAAAGCACGCUUCAUGCGGCACCAUGCGUUGGAUUAGGCAUGACAAUCUUCUGUUUGUCGAGUGGAAAGACUCACAGGAAGUGCAGAUGUGCUCCACGUUCCAUAAAGCCUAUCAAGGUGAUACAGUUCAGAGGAAGGUAAAGGGUGAUGCACACCGGACCCUUGUGGAGGUUCCCAUUCCAGCUGUGGUCUUGGACUACAACAGGAACACGGAAGUAGUGAAUUCGUCGAAUCGCGUUACUGGACAUUUCAGAGCUCUACAUAAACCAAAAAAGUGGUAUCAGUGUGUAUUUUACCACUUUUUGGACAUUGUCGUAGAGAAUGCAUUCAUCAUGCAGGACCUAAUAGCGAAGGUAAAGUACAAGAAGCCUUUAACCAGAAAGGAAUUCUUGCAGGAGCUUAUUUUAGAGCUUACAGAUGUGAGUUCUCAGGACUGAGCACCAGUUCCCUCGGCUCCCUCUUAAUCUGAUCUUCCUCAACUGUUCCUGCUUUAUUCCACAAGCCAAAGCACCUUAAGCGGACAGCGCCGGUAAGCAAAAGUGCAGCCAGAAAACUCCAGACACGUUUGAGACUAAUGUGAUGUGCUUUCAGGCCAAGAGGAAUCAUUUUAUUGAUGGCAUGAGAAAGGCUCUUGAUUUAUGGCUUCAAUGAGUGUAACAGUGUUAAGGGUAUUUUUGCUGUUCAUUCAAGGUGCAUCAAAAAAAAAUCUGAAUAUUUAAAUGCAAUACGUUACAUUGGAAUAAAUAAGUUUUCAGUG